AUGCUGACGCUUCCGCCUCCCGACGAGGCCAUCUUCAGGUCGGCCCCCAUGACCCUCGUCCAGUUCUACCUCACCAUAGAACUUGCUCGUGAUGUUGUCAAUGCCUUGGGAUGUCUCGGCAAUGUCCACUUCCGAGACCUCAACUCCAAACUCACCCCGUUCCAGAGAACAUUCAUCACCGAAUUGCGGUCUGUCGAUGCUGCCGAGGCCAAAUUGACGUAUCUCUACGAUGUGAUGGUUAAACACAACAUCACCAACAUCGCCAGCGUGACGCCAGGGUUGCCAUUGGCGUCAGCGUCUGAAAUGGACGACAUCAAGCAGAAGGUGGAGUACUUCCACGAACGCAUCCAACACUUGGAGGAGUCGUACACGUCGUUGGACAGCCAGAAGUCCAGUCUUUUGGAGAACAGAUACGUGGUGACAGCACUCAACGAGUUCCACGGAUCGGAGUUGGUCAACCCGUCUGACGUCUUCGAGAUCGGAUCCGACGACGACGACGAUGACGAUGGUGUGGCCUUGUUGAACAACAAUAACCACAGCUUGGAGCUCGGCCGUGAUCCAGGUACUGCUGAAGCUUUGGAAGCAGGCUUCAAUGCCAUUCUGGGCGCCAUCGAAACCGACAAGAUCGCAGUGUUGCGCAAGAUCUUGUGGAGAACCCUCCGUGGUAACUUAUACUUCCACGACAUACCCAUCCGGGAGAAAUUGACCAAGGAGGGCACCUCUGAACCUGUGGCAAAAAGUGUAUUUGUGAUAUACAUCCACGGUGACUUCUUGAGGGCCCGUGUCCGCAAGAUCAUCCAGUCCUUAGAUGGUAAGAUCUACGAUAAUGUCAACGGUGGCCAGCUGCUCAGGUCUGCCACAUUGAGUGAUUUGAACCAGCAGAUCGGGAACCUCGACACAAUUGUCGAAACCACUCUGAACCACUUGAUAACGGAAUUGCGUAUCUUCCAAGAGGUCUACCCCGAGUACGCCUUUGCCAUCCAGAGGGAAAAAUUGAUAUACCUGACAUUGAACAAGUUUGACGAGGACAGCACUAGAAGGUGUUUGGUGGGGGAGGGGUGGAUCCCCAAAUCAGAAUUCGAAAACGUCCGCCAAACAUUGAAGCAAUUGAUCAGAGAUAGGACCCACCAAGCUACUCCUUCAUCUCAAGAAUCAAUUGAGCUCAGCAACGAAUCUCAAAAUCGACCACCCUCUCCUGACAACUUUGAUAUCACUAGCCUUGACAGUGAAGAUUUCGGGUCGCUCAUAGCUGUGGUAAAUGAAUUGUCAACAACUAGAACACCACCAACUUACCACAAAACAAACAAGUUCACAGCUGCAUUUCAGUCUAUUAUUGAUGCAUACGGUAUAGCAACUUACCAGGAAGUCAACCCAGGUCUUGCCACCAUCAUAACAUUUCCAUUCAUGUUCGCUAUUAUGUUCGGUGAUCUUGGUCAUGGGUUAAUUGUCUUCUUGAUCAGUUUGUAUCUCAUUAAAAACGAGAUCAAUUUUGCAGCAAUCAGAAACAAAGACGAGAUUUUUGAGAUGGCUUUCAACGGAAGAUACAUUAUCCUUCUAAUGGGAUUCUUUUCCAUGUAUACUGGACUUAUCUACAACGAUAUUUUCUCUAAAUCUAUGACAUUAUUCAAGUCUGGUUGGGAAUGGGAAUUUCCAAAAGACUAUGACCCUAAGAAUCCAGUCGCCAUGGUUGCAAAGAAAAUAGUCGGGAAAACAUAUAUCUUUGGCCUUGAUUGGGCCUGGCAUGGUGCAGAAAAUAAUUUAUUGUUCACCAACUCGUACAAGAUGAAAUUAUCGAUUCUUUUGGGAUAUGUGCAUAUGAAUUAUUCCCUUUUUUUCAGUUUGGUCAAUUACAGAUUCUUUAAGUCCAGGGUUGAUAUCAUUGGUAACUUUAUUCCUGGGUUUUUGUUUAUGCAAAGUAUAUUCGGAUACUUGUCAUUGACCAUUUUAUACAAAUGGACUCAAGACUGGCUUGGCACAGGAAGACAACCCCCAGGGUUGCUUAAUAUGCUUAUCAACAUGUUUUUAUCUCCAGGAUCCGUGGAUGAACCACUUUAUGCUGGCCAGAAAUUCAUUCAGGUGGUUUUGGUGUUGAUUGCAUUGGCUUGUGUCCCUUGGUUGUUGAUCUACAAACCAUUGACUUUGAAAUGGCAAAAUGAUAGAGCAGUGAAGUUGGGUUACAGUGAUCUUCAUUCUCUUCACGAGCACUCCUUACAAAUUCAUGAAGAGGAGCAAGCAAUUGCAUUGGAAAACGAGCUCAAUUAUGAUCCACCACAAGAUCUGGGUGAACUGAAUGAAGAUUACCGAUUUCCAAAUGAUAUUGAACCAUUGCAUCAUAAUUCUGCUUCGCAUGGAGACGGUCCCGACUUCAAUCUUGGCGACAUUGUCAUCCACCAGGUAAUUCACACCAUUGAGUUCUGCUUAAAUUGUGUUAGUCACACUGCCUCUUAUUUGAGGUUGUGGGCGUUGUCAUUGGCUCAUUCCCAAUUGUCCACCGUUCUAUGGUCGAUGACCAUCCAAAAUGCCUUCGGUGCUACUGGAAAGUUUGGUAUUUUUAUGACUGUAAUGUUGUUCGGUUUGUGGUUUAUUCUCACAAUCUGUAUUUUGGUAUUGAUGGAAGGCACAUCUGCCAUGUUGCAUUCGUUGAGACUUCAUUGGGUUGAGGCAAUGUCCAAGUUCUUUGUGGGAGAAGGAUAUGCAUACGAGCCCUUUAGUUUCAAUGAGAUCGAUAUAUAG